AUGGCACCUUCUGGCAGCAAGUCACGCGCUCUUGCAGUAUGGCUUGGAUGCUUCGUCAUCAGCCAGUGCUUGCUGUCACGACAAGAACCGCUUGAUGACUUCGUGGCGAUGAAGCCCUACAGAAAUACUCCCAGACCAGGUCUGAGAAGUGCAGCGGCUAAUUCAGAGGACGCCCCUGCUGCUCCGCAACUUGAAGCUGGCGGUCGAGCCAUGCUCACGGGCUUCACAGAGCGAACCUCGCUGAACGGCGAGCCCGUCGAGCUGAUCAGAUUCGAUGAAGAGCAGCAGAGUUGGGUUGUCCGGCGCCAGAGCGAGCAGAGCAUUACUAGCCUGGUGUCCUUAAAGAACUUGAUGCCUUACCCAGAGAAGAAGUCGCCAGAAAAGCCAAAGGACAGAGAGUUCAGUCCUGUGAGCUUUCUGGCUACCAUCAUUGCCUCAGUGAUCCUGCUGGCCACCGCGCUUGCCGUCCUCGUGCCCACUGUCUCUGGCAUAUACAAGGACAUGACCGGGGAGUACCUUUAUCGAUUAGACGUGCCCUCGCUCUACUGUGUGGUGCAGAAGGUGUCUGCAUCUCGCAAGUCGACGCUGAUUCCUUCUCUUGGCGAUCACAUGUCCAAGUCAGAAGGUCUGGAGACACAGAGGCGCCCUGGCACCUGUCUCGGCGCCUUCUCGGCUGUCCGUGCGGCGUUCUAUGGCCGGCCUUCUCUCCUCCCGGUGUCUCAGAAGCCGGAGAUGGUCGCAGCCGAACUGCCAGAGUUGGAGUCGGAUGGUAGCGGCACGAUCGACAGGGAUGAGCUGGCAGCCAUUAUGUACAAAGUGUCAUCAUCAAUGUCGCAGCGGGAUAUCACCCGCCUCCUAGCAGUCAUUGACACAAACCAGGAUGGCCUCAUAGACUUCCGAGAGUUCGUGGCCUGGAUCACUGAUCGACGAGCUGAUCGCACAGUUGGUAACGAUGGAUGGAUAGAACGCUUCGACGUGAAGACGCUGUUGCGGCCCAUGUUUGAAGUCUUUGACCGGAACAAGGACGGGCUGAUUCUACGCGCAGAACUGGAGGAAUGCUCUCAAAUCUUAGGCAAUUCUCUCAGCAUUCAUCCGUCAUCAGCACCAGACUGCCUCGCAAUGGAUUGGAAACAGCUUCCAAGCAAUGAAACGGUCAGCUUCCAGCAGUUCGUGGACUGGCAAGUCGGCUCUCUGGAGAAGUGUGGUGAUGUCAGAGGCUGGAUCCCACUCAUCUUGGUGGCUUUGUCCCCGCACCCUCAGUUGGCCCUCAAGGCUCUCAAGAGUGAAGCGAAAGGCUCCGGAUUCGAAUCUUCCUUCCCUUUCCAGCAUUUGGAAGACACAGUCAGGCUGGAAGAGCUCUGUGAGUCGCUGCAGAUCAUCUUCGACAUCGACCGCCUGCAUGGCCAGGGAGUAGAAAAUUCCAGGGUACACGAGGCCUUGACAGAUUCUGUGAAGAAGGUGGCAGAUGCCACGCGCCGAAUCUACACGAAGAAGUUGUC